UUAGAAGAAAAAUUGUUUUGGCUGUUGGGUUUAGUGGAAGAGAAGAAGACACCUUAAUUGGUGCAAUCUACUGAAACAAGAAAAUUCCUCUUCUUUCAUAUUGUCACAACACAAACACGCCGUUUCAAUCCAGCCACGUUUGUGUGAAUCAUUGUUUUCAGAUCAGGGAUGCUGGGAAAAUCCGUGGCUUCUCCUCUGCUGACAUUUGAUUCAACUGCUCAGUUUUGUAAUUAUCCCGAUACCGCUGCAUUGACGACUAGCAAACCAUUUCCAAAUAUAAACCUUACCACUUACACCCCAUGGGGUGCCCUCCGAGGGGGACGUUAUGCAAUCUCUUUCAUAUCUAAGAACUGGGAGUUGCAUUCUACUGCUCAAACUGAAGAUGUGAUUCUCAGUGACGAAGACAAGAAAACAUGGGAAUCUUGCAGGCAAGCGCUGUCUGCAUAUGGUUUUGGUGCAGAGGAGGAAGACAAGAUUCUUGGCAAGGCAUUUGGUCAUAUUCAUUCUCCUUAUUGGGGUGAAGAGCGAAAGAAGGAAGUUCCCAAGUUCGAGGUUGUUAAUGAGAUACUAAGUUACCUAAAGGAUUUAGGCCUCACUGAUGACGAUCUUGGAAAAGUUCUCAAGAAAUUUCCGGAGGUGCUUGGAUGCAACCUGGAAAACGAACUCAAAGAAAACGUGCAGAUUCUCGAUAAUCAAUGGGGCAUCAAAGGUAAGACAUUGAGAAACCUCCUCCUUCGUAAUCCGAAAGCUCUAGGUUAUAAUAUUGAUUGCAAGGGUGAUUGUGUGGCACAAUGCACACGCUGCUGGGCUCGAUUUUAACUGCCAUUAUGCUCAUUUUGUAUAGGCAUCCUUGAUUUUGUGACAUCUUAUACAUUCCAUUCUACCAGUAUUAAUACAUCAAAAUUUCCCUUGAUCCUUGUA